AUGGCCAAGGAGGAAACAAAAGGUCAAAAAGAGAAAAAGAUCACCUUGAAAAUUGCCAAAAAUUCUAUCCGGAUAUGUUUUGAUGGAGGGCGCCGUCUUGACUUAAGCAAGAUGGGUAUCACCACCUUCCCCACGUGCAUUCUGAAACUGGCUGAUGUGGAUGAACUUGAUUUGAGCAGAAACAUGUUAAAAAAGAUUCCAAGCAGCAUCCAGAAGUUUCAGAAACUGCGCUGGCUGGACCUGCAUAGUAAUCAGCUUGAGGGGCUGCCAGAGGCCAUAGGUACUCUUCAGAACCUUUCCUACCUGAAUGUAUGCAACAACAAGCUGACCACCAAAACUCUGCCAGAAGAGUUGAGCCUUCUCAAGAACCUGAGUAUUCUCAACCUUGGUUUGAACUGUCUUGAAAGUGUUCCCACCAGUCUUGGGGCUCUGAAAGAGCUUGAGGAGAUAGGUCUCUUUGACAACGCCUUGACCAUAAUCCCAGACAGUGUGAAAAAACUCCCCAAGCUCAAGAAACUGAAUGCAAAAAGAAACCCUUUCCCGGAUUCAACAAAACAAGAAGAACAUGCCGACUCCAUUGAACGCACAGAAACACUUCACUUGGUACGAGAGAAAGACCUGUGCUGUUCCUGCCUGAAGAUGUGUCAGGAUGAGAGGGACAAGCUGAACAAGUUAAAGAAUGUGACACCCAGCCCCGCAAAGAAGCUAAGUUUCCCUUUACUCCUUACACCCAAUUCUUCAGCAAAGGAUAACCAAGAAGAAUGGAGAUUAAGAGACAAUCGUCCUUGA